AUGGCAGACUACUCCAAUCUCCCCGAUUUCGAUAGCCUCCCCAAAGUGAAGGACAUGCCCCAAGGUUGCGCCUGGGGAGUCUUCGACAAGGAUGGCAAGAAAGACCAUCUGGGCUGCCUCAAUCUCCUGAGCCCCAAAGUCGUGCAAGAAGCCUUCAAAGAAGCUCGCGAUGGCGUGUCCAUCUCCCUGAAUUGGCCCAUUGGCGCCAUCAAGAAGCCCGGCUUCCUGCGCAAAGGCCUCGAGCACAAGGUCAUCUCCUUCAAAGACUCUCCCUUUGACAUCCAUGGCUACGACGACGAACUCGAAUUCAACACCCAGUGUUCUUCCCAAUGGGAUUCCCUAGUUCACUUCGCACAUCAGCCGACCGGUCUGAACUACAAUGGCACCCAGCCCGCCAGGACUGACUUGAUCCAAGCAUUUGGCGAGAUCGACGUAGACAAAACUCUGCCCACUCUAAACCACUGGCAUGAUCGUGGCGGCUUGGUCGGUCGAGGUGUCCUCCUCGACUAUCGCGCCUACGCUGAAGCCAAGGGAAUCAAGUACGACUGUUUCUCGGCACAUGCGAUCUCUGUGCAGGACCUCGAAGCCGUGGCUGAGCACCAGGGGACGAAAUUCAAGCAUGGAGACAUCGUCAUCGUCCGCUCCGGCUUCACAGAAGAUCUGGGCGUUGCCUCGGCUGAGGAGCAGGAACAAAUGCUCGGAACCCACAAGGCCGUUGGCGUCAAGGGAAAUCGCGAGAGCGCCCGAUGGUUCUGGAAUCACCACUUCGCCGCCGUUGCGGGUGAUGCCAUCGCGUUUGAAGUCCUACCGCCAACUAUCGAAGAUGAGGAUAAUAGGGAUGGCACGAUCGGGGAACUCGUGCUGCAUCAAUAUUUCCUGUCGCUGUUUGGACUCAAUAUCGGUGAGCUGUGGGAUCUGAAGGCUCUGGGAGCACAUUGCAAGAAAGUCGGCCGUUAUGAGUUCUUGCUCACCAGCGUACCGCUCAACGUUCCCGGUGGUGUUGGCAGCCCCCCGAACGCCCUAGCAAUCUUCUAG